ACGGGGGCGGCUGGGUUAUAUAAGGACGUCAUUUCCGCCCGCGGUUCCUUUCCGCGCUGCUCAGAAGAGGGUUCCAUACGGCGUUGUCUUCGGUUUCCGUCGUAACUUUAAAGGGAAACUUUCACAAUGUCCGGAGCCCUAGAUGUCUUGCAGAUGAAGGAGGAGGAUGUCCUCAAAUUCCUUGCUGCAGGGACCCAUUUGGGCGGCACCAAUUUGGACUUCCAGAUGGAACAGUAUAUCUACAAAAGAAAAAGCGAUGGCAUCUACAUCAUUAAUUUGAAGAGAACUUGGGAAAAGCUUCUGCUGGCAGCUCGUGCCAUUGUAGCCAUUGAAAAUCCGGCUGAUGUUAGUGUCAUCUCAUCCAGGAACACUGGCCAGAGAGCUGUUCUGAAAUUUGCUGCUGCCACUGGCGCCACCCCUAUUGCUGGACGAUUUACCCCGGGCACCUUCACUAACCAGAUCCAAGCAGCUUUCAGGGAGCCUCGCCUCUUAGUGGUCACUGAUCCUCGGGCAGAUCAUCAGCCUCUGACUGAAGCAUCGUAUGUGAACCUCCCGACCAUUGCCUUGUGCAACACGGAUUCCCCACUUCGCUAUGUGGACAUUGCCAUUCCCUGUAACAACAAGGGAGCUCACUCUGUGGGGCUGAUGUGGUGGAUGCUGGCCCGGGAAGUUCUACGCAUGCGCGGCACCAUUUCCCGUGAGCAUCCAUGGGAGGUCAUGCCUGAUCUCUACUUCUACCGGGAUCCAGAGGAGAUUGAAAAGGAGGAACAGGCCGCUGCCGAGAAGGCAGUAACCAAGGAGGAGUUCCAGGGGGAAUGGACUGCCCCUGCCCCAGAGUUCACAGCUACGCAGCCAGAGGUGGCUGACUGGUCCGAGGGAGUGCAGGUGCCCUCAGUGCCCAUCCAGCAGUUCCCUACUGAAGACUGGAGUGCUCAGCCUGCUACCGAGGACUGGUCGGCAGCCCCUACUGCUCAGGCUACCGAGUGGGUAGGAACCACCACCGAGUGGUCUUAAGUCUUACCUGGAGGCUCUAAGUGCUGGGAAAACACUGAUGGAGAAUAAACGUUUGUUUCUUAUA